GCUGAAAAUUCUCAAGCCAAGAAUUUACAAGAAUCGGUUCAAAAAAAAACUUCUGGGUGGCCACUUGCAGGAGUUUGGAAUUUUUUUAACAAAGGUUCUUCUAUAAAAGGCUAUUGUUUAGGAACAUGUAAAGAAUGUGGAUCAUUUUGGGCACAUGCUAAAUCUGUGGAUUUAGAAGAGCAUUUAGCUCUAGAUUGUCCUACUCAAAAUAAGGAUGUUAUAGAUUUUUAUACUCAAAUUAUUGCUAAUCGACAAGGUCAUAGCCAAGCAGCAUCUCAGGAAAAUAUACCUGGUGCUAAACCAAAUAAAAAAAAGUGCAAACUAACAAGUAAUCAAGCAACAUUAUCUGAGUUUUUAGAAAGCACUAAACUAACUCCACAACAUGAAUGUAAUAUUAAUACAGCUUUAAUUAAAGCAUUUAUUAUAUGUAAUAUACCUUUUUAUAUUAUUAGCAAUCCAUAUUUUAUUGAUGCAUUGCAAGAAUUAUGGCCUGAAUAUCAACCACUAUCAAGACAAUUACUUGCAGGUCGAUUAUUAAAUGCUGAAAUCAUUAAAGUUAAUCAAA